CCCGGGACGGGGCGGGACGGGACGGGACCGGCGGUACCGACCCGACCGCGGCCCCGCAGCCCCGCCAUGUUCAACGUGGAGAGCCUGGAGCGCGCCGAGCUCGGCGAGAGCCUGCUCACCUGGAUCCAAACAUUUAAUGUAGAGGCACCAUGCCAGACCGUGGAAGAUUUAACGAGUGGGGUUGUGAUGGCCCAGGUUCUUCAAAAAAUAGAUCCAGUUUACUUUGAUGAAAAUUGGCUGAACAGAAUCAAAACGGAAGUAGGAGAUAAUUGGAGGCUAAAGGUAAGCAAUCUGAAGAAAAUUUUAAAAGGAAUACUGGAUUACAACCAUGAGAUUCUAGGGCAACAGAUAAAUGACUUCACUCUUCCUGAUGUUAACCUGAUUGGAGAGCAUGCUGAUGCUGCAGAGCUUGGGAGAAUGCUUCAACUUAUUUUGGGAUGUGCUGUGAAUUGUGAACAGAAGCAAGAGUACAUCCAGACCAUAAUGAUGAUGGAAGAAUCAGUUCAACAUGUUGUCAUGACAGCCAUUCAGGAGUUGAUGAGUAAAGAGUCUCCAGUCUCUGUUGGAAACGAUGCUUACAUUGACCUUGAUCGACAGCUGAAGAAAACUACAGAAGAAUUAAAUGAAGCACUUGCGACAAAAGAAGAAAUUGCCCAGAGAUGUCAUGAGUUAGAUAUGCAGGUUGCAGCUCUCCAAGAGGAAAAGAGCAGCCUGCUUGCCGAAAACCAGAUUUUGAUGGAACGUUUAAAUCAAUCUGAUUCUAUUGAAGAUCCUAACAGUCCUGCAGGUCGUAGACACCUGCAGCUGCAGACACAACUAGAGCAGCUCCAAGAGGAAACAUUCAGAUUAGAAGCUGCCAAAGAUGACUAUCGAAUACGCUGUGAGGAACUAGAGAAGGAAAUUGCAGAACUGAGACAACAAACGGAAGAGCUUACUACACUGGCAGAGGAGGCCCAGUCUUUGAAGGAUGAGAUAGAUGUACUCAGGCAUUCUUCUGAUAAAGUAGCCAAGUUAGAAAGCCAGGUAGAGUCAUACAAAAAGAAAUUGGAGGACCUGGGUGAUUUACGGCGGCAAGUGAAGCUUCUGGAAGAGAAGAAUACAAUGUACAUGCAAAAUACCGUGAGCCUGGAGGAAGAACUAAGGAAGGCCAAUGCUGCACGCAGUCAGCUGGAAACAUACAAGAGACAGGCAGUUGAACUACAAAACAGGUUAUCUGAAGAAUCCAAGAAAGCUGAUAAAUUAGAUUAUGAAUGCAAACGACUGAAAGAAAAAGUAGACAGCCUUCAAAAAGAAAAAGAUAGAUUAAGAACAGAAAGGGAUUCUUUGAAAGAAACUAUUGAAGAACUUAGAUGUGUACAAGCUCAGGAGGGCCAACUCACCACUACAGGAUUGAUGCCUCUGGGAAGACAAGAGCCUUCAGACAGUUUAGCAGCAGAAAUCAUUACUCCUGAAAUAAAGGAGAAACUCAUCCGCCUUCAGCAUGAGAACAAGAUGUUAAAAUUGAACCAAGAAGGUUCUGACAAUGAGAAGAUUGCCUUGCUGCAGAGCCUUCUUGAUGAUGCAAACUUACGGAAGAAUGAACUGGAGACAGAAAACAGAUUGGUAAAUCAGAGACUUCUGGAAGUACAGUCCCAGGUUGAAGAGCUACAAAAAUCUUUGCAGGAUCAAGGUUCAAAAGCAGAAGAUUCAGUUCUUCUGAAAAAGAAACUUGAAGAACAUCUUGAGAAGCUCCAUGAAGCUAACAAUGAGCUACAGAAGAAACGAGCUAUUAUUGAAGAUUUGGAACCAAGAUGCAACAACAGUUCACUUAAAAUUGAGGAAUUACAAGAAGCUCUACGGAAAAAGGAGGAGGAAAUGAAGCAAAUGGAAGAACGAUACAAAAAGUAUUUGGAAAAGGCCAAAAGUGUCAUCCGCACAUUAGAUCCUAAACAGAACCAGGGUGCUGCUCCUGAGAUUCAGGCACUGAAAAAUCAGUUGCAGGAGCGGGACAGAAUGUUUCAUUCCCUGGAGAAAGAAUAUGAGAAAACAAAAAGUCAAAGAGAAAUGGAGGAGAAAUUUAUUGUUAGUGCCUGGUACAACAUGGGGAUGACUCUGCAUAAAAAAGCAGCAGAAGACAGACUGGCUAGUACAGGCUCAGGACAGUCCUUCCUGGCUAGACAAAGGCAAGCCACGAGCACAAGGAGAUCUUACCCUGGUCAUGUCCAGCCAGCAACAGCAAGGUAGAGAAGCCUUGCCCUUAGAAAGAAAACUGCCCUGUGACCCAGGCCACUCCUAUUGCAAGUGACAACAUUCAAGGAAAAUAAACCAGCAUCCUUUCUCUUUCUCCCUUGUUACUGCUAUUAUUUAACAGUUCAGGAAAGGGUUUUAUUAUGCUUUCUCAUUGCUCUGUAAUGCCCUUUGCUCUUAUUUUUUUGAGUUCAUCCCUCUCUGCAUUUUCUGAAUGUGCCAAAUUUUUGGAAACAUCUAGAGGAGUGCUGUGUAUUAACAGUCUUAUUUAUAUGAAGCCUGGUCUCUUACAGAAAGCCUCAUGUGCACCAUAUGACAAUGUAGAUUUCAUUUCAUACCACAGUUGUUACUUCUGUGCCUGUAAGGGUUGUUAUGCUUUAUAAGACUGUUUUUGUUCAAAGGGAGUUAGCUUUUUAUUUCAUCUCCUAUCCUGUUGCUUCAGAAAAAUGCUGAAAUCUCAUUACAGAAGUGCAAAGUUGGAUUGUAAUAUUAUUGUGAAAUAUAUUUCAUACUAAAAAACUCACCAAUGCAAAAAAGAAAGAUUUGGGGUUAUUUUUUAAUCUCCUAAGUGCAAAGUUUACUCUUAUUCUUGGCAUUUGGGGAAACAGUAUGAUCUUUUUCCAGGUAUUUCUUUAUCAACUGUGUUACCUCUUUUGCUGGUAGAGAUGAAUAUUUUCAAAUGGUUUAUUCCACUCUUCUUUGUCAAGUGUAUGCUUAAAUACACAGGUGGAGAAUUAGCAUGUGCUAAUCUGCUACUCUGUCAUCCAUUUAGAAAGGACAUUUGUUUUAAAAUUUUAUGAUUAUGGAUGAACAAUACGUAAUUAAUCAAGGCCCCAGUUACUAUUGUUAAUGUAUUCCAGUUGUCAUCCCCCACUAAAAUACUUGCUUUUAAUAUAUUGAUUCAGGGUAUAAUUGUAUCAGUUGCCUUACUAAUGGUACCAGUGCCUUCAGGUGAGUUUAUUGCUGACUUUGUUGGAAACUGGCUGUGAUUUGUUGUACUGCCUUUUUAGUGUAUAGCUGAUUAAUUAUUGUAACACCUUCAUGUUGAUCAGUGGAUGGAGGCUUCUCCUAUUUAGGUUCUGUUCCUGCAAAGUUGUGUUUUUUUCCCUCAUCAGUUCUAUGCAUUCCUGAUCAUUUUUGUCAAAAAAUUGAUGGAGAACAGAGAACCUGAGUGUUGGCAGGAAGUUUCAUAUUCAUACAUCUUGUUGUGAUUCACUUUUAAAUUUGGAGACUGGUUUUAAAUUUAGGUUUUUGUUUAGAGACUAUUUGGACUCUAAUGCAUGUGCAGUUGGUUUAUAAAUUUAUUCUUUCAUCUGAUUUUAAUGCCCUUCCAAGUGGAGACAUUUAUUUAUUCAUAAAUCCCUUUAGAGAAAAGAUACUAGCCUUUAUCAAUCUCCUGAAUGUCUGUUUUAAUUCAAAACUUAGGUAGAAUGAGCAGUUAAUAUUUAAAACAAGCACACCCAGAUUAAAGGGUAAUAAACAGGUGAAUGGCAUUUUUAGGUACUGUUGUUUUAUGCUCAAGUGCAUCAUCUGUUUUCAUCUGGGCUGAGAAAAGCAUUCAGUACAUGUCUGAAAAAUAUUUUCAGGUCCAGUUACGCCCCCUCCCCCCCCAGAAAACAGGUGCUGAAUUCUACAUACAGUUUUGUCUUUUAUUCCUCACAUUUGGGAAAAAAUGGUUUUCUAACGAUUUUCUGUACUUAAGCAGUUAUGACUGGUAUGGAAUGUGCUUACAAGAAUUAGAUGAGACAUUGCAAGUUUCUUUAGUGCAGAAAGUUAACAAUGCAAAGAAAGUUUUGGAUUAUUUCUGUAGCUCAGUGAGAUGAUAUGCUCAAAUCUGCUGUUUCUUAUUGAGAUACAAAAUUCUCUGUAUACAAAAUGCUAUCUAUAAUUAUUUAGACCAUUACAGUUUGUGUGGGAUAUCUUCUUCUGAUCUUGUGUGCAAUCGAUUUUAAUAACUUGAAGAACUCUUUACCACAUACUAUAUGUGAACAGGAGCAAGACUGCUUCUCUGAGGGAAUUAGAUGUUCCUGUUUGAGGUUACAGCAUUUUAUAUCACCCAGAGCAAGAACCUAAGAAUACCUAAAACUACAUUUUUAUUUUAGUUUUAAUCUGGCUAACUUUUUCUGUUACCAAAUUGUCACGGGCUGUUUGUGAAAGAAAGGGAUGUAACCUUAAUGGGAAGUUUUAUCUCUUAAUUUUGUCUGGUACUUUAAUUACUUAAUUGCUGUUAAUUAGGUGUAGGUCUAAAAGAACUUGAACUCAAUCAGCACAGUAGAAUAAAAAUAAUUGCUUUUAUUUCGUUAGUAUUUGUUUUACUGUUUUGCCUCCAAAGUUUUGAUGACAGGCUAAUGCCCCUGAGAGUUAGGAGAUGAACAAAUCCUGGUUAGAAGCCUUGUCUUUUACUUUCUAGUCUCUCAUAGCUUCUUUUGCUUCUUGGUGGUUGUUGGCUUUUCUUCUUUUCUCUUCUUUUCUCUUCUCUUUCUCUUCUUCUCUGUCUUUCCUUUUCCCUUGAAGAUAAGACACUGAAGUAUUUUCUGUAGUUCUCUUCAAAAAUAGAUACUAUCAUAUAGCAUUGAAGAGAAAUACAAAACUCAUAUUGAAUCUGAGCUUUACUGUUGCUCAUAGUAAUUGUUAGGCAAGUGAACAAUCAUUUUGUCUUUGAGAAUUUACAAACUUGCAGAAUUCUGGUGUAGAAUUCAUGUUGAAUAUGAAAACCUAAAAAUGUACUGCACUCUUACGGAAAUAUACUCGAUUGCUGUCUGGUUCUAGUAAGUCAUUGGUUAUGUCUUCUAUUAGUAAUUAAGAGGAGUUCAAUUCUUUAUUUUUCAGUGCUUCACUUCUUUAAUUUGCUGCAUACAUCCAGUCUUAAUCUUUGUGUGUGGAUGAAUGCAAGUGGUAACAUCAUUAAACCUUCUCUUUCACAAGAGCAGCUUCUUUAUUCAAAGGGUUCAGUUUCAUUAUUUUGCUUGCUUGUUAUGUAUCUUUGUAAGCAGUAUGUAUUAAGAAAAAGAAGGAGCUCAGACUGACUCCAGGGAAUAAAUAUAUAUAGGGGGUGCUACC